CAUGUCUCAGUAAGGCCUAGCUUAGGCUGGCCUAAUACUUUCCAGGUUACACAUUAUUUAGACUUCUACAUGUUACUAUUAUAUUAUUAUAAAGUAACAUUUUUGUGACUGACUAAAAGUUCCAGAACAUUAUAGUUUUGAGUGAGAACUUCCUUCAAAAUUUAAGUUUGUGCUGUGCAUCUUCGUGGGAACAGAGCACUAGUGAUAUCUGAGGCUACCCUACAUUGUAGUGCAUAUUGAGAUACAUCAGCAGUUCUCAGAAGUUUCCAAGCUUAAUUACAUUGGAGCCUCUUGAAAUUGUCCCAUGCUUUCAGAUUUAUCAUCUAACAAACAUUGACAACUAGACCAGGAGAAGAGAUAAGGCCAACAUAUCAAGCAUCUUUAUGGGCAAGUAAUUCCAGUAGUUCAUCAUACUCACCAGCUAUAGCUAAACUAGUGAUCGCCUGUGUCAAACAGAUAGCAUCAUUUUUAUGUUAUCCAGCUUAAGGGAAAGUGACAUGAGUCUAUGAGAAAUGCUGUAGCUGAUCUAGCCUAUCACUACAUUUGAAGAUGAGUACAUUUGAAGAGGGUACGGAGCCAGUAACAGUCGAAAUUGUGAGCUCUGUCUUACUUACUGAAGACACAGACAGGAACCUCAUUCUUUGCCUUCAGAAUGAAGCUGGUGAAAUGGAAAACCCUACUGAACCUCAGAAUAAGAGGCCUUGUUUGUCCACAGAGGAUGAUUCAACAACUCCUUACAUGCCAGCUGCUGCAUUCCCACUACCAGAAAUGGAGCAGAGCUUUGAUUUGGUCACAACUACAGCCACAGAGGUGGCAGGUGAAGAGAUUACUGAGGGAACUAUGAUGCAGUUCCAGAUUUUACAGGAUGACAAACCAGAUGAAGGAUUCCCCUUGGCUAGUGCACAAGAGUCAAUUGUUAGUCAAGCGUGGUUAAGAGGUAGAGAAGAUAAAGAUAAGCUAACCAGACAAGGAUAUAAAUGGAAGCAGGGGAUGUGGUCCAAGGAAGAAACAGAUAUUUUGAUGAACAACAUUGAACGUUAUAUGAAGGAACAUGAAAUAGAGAAUGCUGCAGAAAUCAUUUUUAAGAUGUCAAAAGGUAAAAGAAAAGAUUUCUACAAAACUAUAUCAUUGGGUCUGAAUCGGCCUUUGUUUUCAGUUUAUAGGAGAGUGGUCCGAAUGUAUGAUGACAGAAACCAUGUGGGAAAGUACACCCCUGCAGAAAUUCAAAAGCUCAAGGAGCUCUGGCAACGGCAUGGCAAUGACUGGAUAACAAUAGGUGCCGCCAUGGGAAGAAGUCCAUCUUCUGUCAAAGACCGGUGCCGACUGUUGAAGGAUACUUGUAACACGGGAAAAUGGACUGAAGAAGAAGAACGGAUUCUUGGAGAUGUGGUUCAUGAACUGACACACACUGAGGUGGAUGAGAAGGUCACACAUGGUGUGUGUUGGGCAACAGUGGCUCAGAGAGUAGGUACUCGCUCAGCAAAGCAGUGUCGUGCUAAAUGGCUCAACUACCUGAACUGGAAACAGACUGGAGGAAUUGAGUGGACCAGGAAAGAUGAAGUCACUCUCAUCCACAUGUUAGCAGAGCUUAAUGUAGCUGAUGAAAAUGAAAUUCACUGGGAUGACUUAGCUAAAGGAUGGAAAAGUGUUCGUUCACCACAAUGGCUGCGUAGUAAAUGGUGGACCAUCAAAAGGCAAAUUACAAACCAUAAGGACUUUGCAUUCCCAGUCCUAGUAAAAUGUCUUCAACAAAUAUAUGAGAGCCAAAGUUCCAGCCUCAGGUUUUGGGAGAAUAAAUCAGGAUCAGAAGUUGCAGAUAGCAACCCUGAUACCAGUGUUCAACAAGUUCCCUUUGGAGUCACGGGUGUAGAAGAUAAUAACAGUACAUCCAUGAGUUCAGGACCUGUGACAGGAUUGCAAAUUGCACUCCAGAUCAUCCCUGACUCAACAGAUGUGGCUAUUGUUAACUCUGAAACAACAACCCCGCCCAGUAGACCACAAUAGAUAUUUGAUAUUCUUCCUUCUUUCCAUUUAUAUUUUCUUCCCUCACCUUGGACCUAUUUCCUUCAAACAAGCUCAACUCAAGGCCCUUUUUAAACUCCAACCUGACGGCUGCUGUACCUUCUUCUCCUAACCUAUCACAUUUCAUCUUCUAUUCCCAGAACAUCUAUUGAACACUAAUCAAUGACAUGUGGCAUGUCAUACACCAAGAAUCAUCACUAUAAUGGCUGAAAAAAAUAGCAUUACUUUUUUCACAUCCCAAGCAGAAUUGGCAGUCAAUAGUGACAUCUAUUGUUCUAAUUUUCAUGGACUUGCAAAUGUAUUCAAAGCGGACAAUUUCCCUGACAGAAUUCUUCAGCUAAGAUAACUCUGCAACCAUCAUUUAGUGAUGCUCAUGUUUUUAACUCAGAGACCCAAGCAGCAUAGAGCUAGUGAACUGUGCUGAUUACAGCAGAAGAAUUCCAUGACACCAGCCAAAAGAAUAAGAAAUUUACUCUGAUUUAUCCAGUGCUUGAGUUACUGAGGAUUGAGUCACUCACCAUAGUAGAGAAAGAGCAAUACACAAAUGGUAACAAAACUACGCUUUGUGCCCCUUCACUACCUGACUCUAUCAAGGCAUGGGAUUUUACAGGUACUAAACCUGUCUUGCCUUUCACAGUACUAACAAGUCUUAUAAUCAAAAACAGCAAGGAUCGAAUACCAUUGAAUCCUCUUUGGGCAGCCCUGUUUCUACAGACUUCAAGGAUAUUGGACUUGCUAAAAUAUUACUAGCUUAUCCUUAGAAACAAGCAAAAAUGCCAAAGAAGUGUUAUUGUAUCUGUAGAGGAACAGGAGCGAUGCCCAAGGGACUUUACUUUCUAAUCUCCUUACUCACAUAGAUACAGUGGUUAGCUAUGAACUUUAAGACUAUGUCUUUUUUUUUUUUUUUACUGUUUUUAGUACAUCUGAGAUCCAGUUUUAUGACACCCUGUAAAUGAGUGAAUGAUGAGAAGUUUAAUUGCACAUAUCCCUAUUGAAUGUUACCAGGAGGGAAUGUUUUUCACCUCAGCUCCUGGAAAGUUUUCAAGUUAUUAAAGGUCAACUGUAGUAAUAUUCAUGUCUCUAGUUUAGUCAUAGUAUUUUAUCCAGCCUCCAUGAGGUUUGAUUACAUUUCAAACAAGUCCUAAUAAUAUAGUUCAGUGCUUAUUGGUUACAAAAACAGUGGCGGGAUUUUGGAGGUGACUUUGUGGCAAUAACUCUUAGCUCAUUGAAGGCAGCUUGAGCCAAUUUUGGCAGAAAAAAGUAGAAAGUGAGUAAUGAAAAUUGACAGUUUUGCUGUUCUUAAAGGGAAUAUGAAUUAGUAACCAAAUCCACUAGUAGCUAAGAUGUUUUCACCUCUCAUCUAAUGCCACUUUACUAUACCCAAUACACAAAAAUAUAAUUGAGGGUGUUUUAGUUUAGUUUGAGAGAGAGAGAGAGAGAGAGAGAGAGAGAGAGAGAGAGAGAGAGAGAGAGAGAAGAGGAGAGAGAGAGCUUGUAUUGUACCCUCAUCAGGCAAUGUGCUACAUGAAUGGCGAUUUUAAAGACAAAGUUUGCAUCUGU